AUGCCUCUGUUGCGCGAUCCAAUCGAUGAGCCACAAGCUCUAAGCGGGAGCUCUGUUAGCUCUGGAAAACGCUUUGUCAAGAUAUUCCAUCCAGGAUAUCACGAGCCCGAUCAAGAACAAUACGAUCCAAAUGGUGAUGUCCUCAUCUCCUUGCCCGCCCUCGACGACGGCGGCAUCCAUCACGACACAGCACACACGGCUUGUGCCAUCCUCGCUGCGAACCGAUGGGAUGGAUAUUUCUCGCGCGAUCGAAGCGGAACGGCGAAGGUCGACCCGCCGCAAGAUGGCAUUCUCCGCGAGAAAAGCUACUUUUUCUGUCUCCCUUCUCCUUCGACUUCAACAUCUCCCGACUCGACCGACCACCCAUACCCCGUCAUCGCACGCUUCGGUGAUUGGCGAUUCCCUCACGAUGACUUACCACCUAUAUGGAGACGGCUUCAAGAGCAGUUGGAUGUUCUGGAGCAUGCUGGGGCUGGGACUCGGACCAUCGGCAACGGGUUCACGGCGAAUCCUGACCUGGGAUUCCGGGUCGCGAAAACACAUCACCGAGAGCGCCGAUCCAGAGAGGUGCCGCCGUAUCCUGCGGCUGCGAGGUCAAGAAGCGAGAGUCCCAAGAAGAGGUCAAGAGGAGGGGAAGGAUGCAAUAAUGACGAAGUGGAGGAAUAUGAUGCUCACCACGAUGAGAUCUCAUCGGAUCUAGAUAGUGGUUAUUGCGAUGAUUCAUGGUCCAGGCCUCCACCCGAUUCGUGGUUCUCGCUUCCACUUACUCGGGCCACGAAAGAUGAUACCCAUGGCGAAGUUGAGCGUGGUAGGACAAGGAAGCGCAAGAUUGACGACACUGGCGAUGAUGACUGUAUACAAAAAAACCACUCCUGA